AUGGAUCUUGAUGAGGUCAGUAACAGGUCAUGUCUUGCCUUACAGUGUUCCUGUGACCACGAGUACCACAAGAACAGCGCUGUGCUCCCUGUGGAAGGCUGUGACCUGCCCACCAUCACGGCCGGAGGUCACCAGGAGCAACACAGCACCAGGAGCCAAGAAUGGGAAGACUUUGAGUACGAGGAGGAAAACAGCCAAGAAGGGGACGACUAUGAGUGUUACGAGGAGGAAAACAGCCAAGAAGGGGACGACUUUGAGUAUUACGAGGAGGAAAACAGCCAAGAAGGGGAUGACUUUGAGUGUUACGAGGAGGAAAACAGCCAAGAAGGGGACGACUUUGAGUGUUACGAGCAGGAAAACAGCCAAGAAGGGGAUGACUUUGAGUAUUACGAGGAGGAAAACAGCCAAGAAGGGGACGGCUUUGAGUAUUACGAGGAGGAAAACAGCCAAGAAGGGGUCGACUAUGACAAUUACGAGGAGGAAAACAGCCAAGAAGGGGACGACUUUGAGUGUUACGAGGAGGAAAACAGCCAAGAAGGGGACGACUUUGAGUAUUACGAGGAGGAAAACAGCCAAGAAGGGGACGACUUUGAGUAUUACGAGGAGGAAAACAGCCAAGAAGGGGACGGCUUUGAGUAUUACGAGGAGGAAAACAGCCAAGAAGGGGACGGCUUUGAGUAUUACGAGGAGGAAAACAGCCAAGAAGGGGACGGCUUUGAGUAUUACGAGGAGGAAAACAGCCAAGAAGGGGAUGACUUUGAGUGUUACAAGGAGGAAAACAGCCAAGAAGGGGACGACUUUGAGUGUUACGAGGAGGAAAACAGCCAAGAAGGGGACGACUUUGAGUGUUACGAGGAGGAAAACAGCCAAGAAGGGGACGACUUUGAGUAUUACGAGGAGGAAAACAGCCAAGAAGGGGACGACUUUGAGUGUUACGAGGAGGAAAACAGCCAAGAAUGGGACGACUUUGAGUGUUACGAGGAGGAAAACAGCCAAGAAGGGGACGACUUUGAGUGUUACGAGGACGAGAGCAAGACCAGUGAGGCGGAGGGCUGUGACGGGGCGGACCACCCCAUGCCCGCCCAGCACUUCCAGCUCCCACUCAGAACAGGGAAAAAAAAUGUCCGGAGUGCAAGGAGGAGUUUUCCACGAAGAAGGCCGCCCUGAGCCACCGCUGCCACCAGACCAAAAGGAAGGAGCGUGAGAAAGUGACCUACUCCUGCAAGGGCUGCCUGCGUAGGUUCCUGCUGCGGAGGGAGUACUUGAAGCAUGCCGACGCCUGCUGCAAGAACACUCCCGUCGCCUGUAAUCUGUGCCUGGUGAGGAGAGGACACACUCACUUCUUUCUCACUCUGCUGUCACCCCUGUGGUAUGAAUGUGAUGUCUGUUAUCCAUGUCUGUAUCUGUGUCUAUAUCCAUGUCUGCCACAGUCUGCAGUGAUCCAGCUGAUACAGAAAGACCCCAAAAUCUACUUGGCUGUGGUACCUCUUUAGCAACUGGGUAGAGAGUUGUCUUCCCGUCUGGCUGGUCGUGGGUUCAGUCCCCAGCACCGGAGAGUUUAUUUCCCUCUUUCCAGGCUAGAUCAAUUGCUUGUGUUUCAAGUCACUGAGACAAUGUAUAAAUAAAUACAUUCAAGAAGCUUUCAGUACACAUCAGAUACGUGUAAUCCUGAGCUCAACCUGAGGCAUGGUGAUUCUAUACGGCUGAAAAGUGUAGCAGCAAUUUCUUCUGCACCCACAGCCGUGAUAUCUUUGAUGGACGCUUCUCUGCCUUUCCUCAUGUGUGUAACUUGUCACUGACAUGGAUGUGGACCUGAACAUUGACGUGGAUCACACACAAAUGGAUGCCCAGCUGAAUGUUGAACUCAUAGGUAGUGUAUUGUUCUCUCUUUUCCUCAGGUAAAGUUACCCAGUGCUGCUUACCUGCCUGGCCACCUGGCUGCCCUGAAGCCUCCUCUCAGCAAGGGCAGCACCUUGUGUGAGGCGUGUGGCUGAGGGAUCAGCAGAAAGGAGGCGCUCCAGCGGCACGAGGCGAGAGUCCACGGGAAGGCCCACGGCAGCCACCAGUGUGGCCGCACCUUUCCCCACACCUCCCCGCUGGCCAAGCACCUCAGGCCACACCAGGGAUGCACUUGUCCGGAAUGUUCCAAGGUGUUCAGUCACUGCCGAGUGGCCUAAGACUACCCACAUGCUGUCCAGAAGACCACCCAUCAACCCGGACUCUAGAAGGUCCAGUGAAUCAAGAAUGAGUUCAGGGGAGCAGCAUGAGCCAAGCAUAACUGGCGCCACUAUAAAAAAUUGCCUGCGCCAUGAGGGGCUUGGGACGACCACCUGGGCCCUGAAGAAAGCCUACCGGCGCUACAGCUGCAGAUCCAACCUCACGCUGCACCGCCGGGCCCACCACAUGCGCCUACCACUGCACCGCCUGCAACAAACAUUGGAAGUUCCACGCCAGCUACACCUACCACAUGAAGAAGUUCCACGGGAGCAGCGGUGUGGCGGGUGCCGGCCGGUGGUGUGCUCUGUGUCGGCACUCCCUGACCUGCCGCGUCCACCACACUCAGAGGUUGUGGCUCCCUGCUCAGCCCUGCCCUCCUCAGCAAGAAAGGGACUGACAGCCUUGUCCCGCUGUCAGAGAUGAGGAAGAUUCAAGUGUACCCACCUCCAAACACCUCCCACCAGGCGCCUCCUGUGGGGGAGAUCAUUGUGGAGGUGUUGGAGGACACGGAUGCAGAGUACCAGUACAUCAUCUUGGUAGAGGACGCUGCCGUGGCCCACUUCACCAUGACGGACACUGCUGCCAUAUGGAACACCUCAGGCCGCCAGUAGGCAGACAGUGACAUGGAACGGGUAUAAGAUGGCGAAAGGCACUAAUGUAUGGGAGAUGAUGAUCCAGGCCGAGAUGCCGCAGAAGUUGAGUUGUGUUGGGUGGGCGGGCAUCAACGAUGGACGUCUGGAAGGAGCUGAUCGUCCACACGGCAAGACUUCACACCUGGAGGAAGGCCAUCCAGGAUGAAGGUGGUCUGCAGGGUGGUCUGACGGCACAGCAGCACCAUCAACUAUCAACCCUGAGGAGAGAUGCGUCAUUAGCUGGCAGGGCUCGCGGCACGGACAGUGGACAGCCAGUGGGCAUGGCAAUCAAUUUUGAAGUGUUUCCUACAACUUGUAGCUGUGUCACCGAUGAGCCCAACACCCUGAAAACAUUUCUUGCUUUAAAAGAUGUAAAUGGUAAUGUCUCGAACAAUAUGGAGGAUGCAGUUAUUUGGGAUGGAGAAAAACUACAUGGAGCUCAUGAAGAGGUCACUAGUGAAGAGAAUGAAGUGCUAAGCUUGGAAGUUCUCAGUGCAACAGCAGAUGAAUUAAAUAAAGCUGUGCAAGGAAUGAGUGAAGGAAAAGCAGGAAGAGGAGAUGGCCUAGUUAAAGAUGCUAGUGAUUUCAUACCUAUUAAAUUUAGUAGAAGUUCUGCAUUGUAAGUAACACAUCAAACCAAUCACAUCAAUACACUUUACCAUUUGGUGCUGUAAAAUUAAAUAAACCUUAAAGACAGUA